AUGAACAUCAUUGAAUCUGAUGUAAUACAGCAAACGUCGUGCGAUGGUUUUAACCAAUUGGGAAUGCAUUCCACCGCCACCGUCAUCAUCGUGACACAUGGGAGAGACCGAGAAUUAGCUCAAAUCAAUGCGAAUAAAUGUGAUGAUGUUAGGACGAAGACCAAUAAGAAAAAGUUAAGGAAUAACCAGAUGACAGAAGAUGGACAUGAAAUAACUGUGAGAACCUGUGAACAUGAAUAUAAACAUGAAAUGAACGUGUGGUAA